UCCAACGCGUCCAGAAGCGGUAAAAUGGCGAUGAUUGCUUCAUUUCAGAUAGAGAUCUAAGGUACAUAGCUUAGUUCGGCUCAAAUAACAUAAGAUGGAUAAUUACGGUUACGGUUCUUCUUCCUAUGGGGGUGGUGGUGGCUUCAUGCCAGGAGAGACAAACAGUCCUGCCGGAGGAAAGAGCGCCGACGGCAACAACACCACACUCCGCCCUAUCACAAUCAAACAAGCCCUCGACGCAACACUACCCUAUCCCGAAGCUGAUUAUCAGAUUGACGGCGCCGACGUAGGCAGCAUUUGCUUCGUAGGACAAGUCCGCAAUAUCAGCACUCAAAGCACAAACAUCACAUACAGAAUCGACGACGGCACGGGCGAAAUCGAAGUGAAACAAUGGGUUGACUCGUCCACAGCCGAUACUAUGGACACAGAUGAUGGCAAAUCAGGUGCGGGGAAAAGCCAAGUCAUGAAUAACGGUUAUGCCAAGGUGUUCGGGAAGUUGAAAACGUUCGGGAAUAAGCGAUUUGUGGGAUCACAUUGUGUGCGACCCUUGACGGAUAUCAAUGAGCUCCAUUGCCACAUGCUGGAGGCGGUUGCUGUACAUCUUUUCUUUACUCGUGGUCCUCUUGGUGGCUCCGGCGGUGCUGGUGCCGCUGCUAGUGGAGUGGGUGGUGCUGAUGCCGCUAUGGGCGGUGUUGAUGAUUAUAGCGCUAGCAAAGGACUUCCGGCUAUGAGUUCCGUGGCAAGGAAAGUGUACAAUCUGUUGAAGACGGAGCCUCAGAGUAAUGAGGGGCUACACGCUCAGCUCAUUGCGGCUAAGCUUAGUCUACCCAUGCCGGAUGUGGCUCGUGCUGGUGAUGAGCUGCUUACUGCUGGUGUGAUUUUCUCGACCGUUGACGAGCAGACCUGGGCUAUAUUGGAGUACUAAAUAUGCGGUGUCUUGCUAUCCUUAAUUCCUCGCUACUUUAUACGGUUAAGCAUAUGUCUGAAAACCAAAAGGUGCAAAUUCAUAUCUUUGUUGCCCCAAUAGCGUAUCUUACGUUCCUUAAUCCUGAUUCAAGCGAUACCUCGCACUCUUUAUUAAAAACUCGAGCUAGAGCUAAUACAUCAUAUCAACACAGCCUAGCUCUAUUCAGUAUAGGUUUGUUGAAGACACAUUUCAACUCAAUCCAAUUUCCCCUUUGUCCAGACAUACGGCUUUUAUAUAAAUUUCAAGAUUGUUGGCCACACCAUAGCCAUAUAAGCGGAGAAACUUCUCGUAUCUUCCUCAACAAACAACAGCAAUAACCGAUGGAUGGUA